GCCCCCUAGCUCCCAGUGUGCGCAGUCAGUCGACGGUGUUGUUUGUGUGGUGGUAGUAAAGAGAGAGGACACAGAAGUUCUGUACCUGUAUUUUCGUUCGCUUCGCACGGCAAGCGCAGUCUCGCAGUGCUACAAUCGAAUGCGUAAGGGUGCCCCAGCACCAGUACCAGUACCGUACAACCUGUGGUGGUGGUGAAGGCCUAUCGGAAAAGCGAAAGAAAACGGUAGAACGGGCUAGGAGAAGCGUAUCAAGAAAAAAAAAUAAAAGAACAAGAUACCAAACUGACACAGCGUGAAACGGCAAAGGGGUAAGGCGGAAGAGAGCGGCCCCGAGAUAAAAAAAAAACCCCAGGCAGAAGCUCUUCAAUCCAAAAACCCACCAAACUGUCUCAACUGAUCGCAAUUGCCGUCGAGUGUGGUUUUUUUUGCAGCAGCAGCAACAGCAUCAACAACAAAAAUCCAAUAAUGGCUUCCUUUUCGCUGCCGCUCCAAUAUUCGUAAGUAUUCGCAAGCUUUCCUACGUACCGAGCGAGAAAGAGUUAGAGAAAGAGAGAGAGAGGAAGAGGGUGGCCCUAGCCCAAACGAGACGAAUUGUGAUGGCAAGGAGAGGAAAACCACGAAGAAGAGGGAGUAAUAUAGUCUUGGUUGAAGGGCUGUUUGGGGGGAAAUAACGGAGUGUGAUCAAGGAAAAGGGGGUGAGGGGGGGGGGGGAAGCCAAGAUGGCGUAGUGUUCGUUUGUUUGGUGCGGUUUUUGCUGGUGUGUAAGAAAUGCGUAGAGCGCGAGCCUACGUCUGGAUGGGGCUGGGUGGCCACCGUGUGCAUGUAUAUGUAUGUGCGUGUUGGUGUGGUGUGUGUGCGUUAGAUGCGUAUGGGAUGGUUUUGUGUUGCUUUUCUCGAAGCAGCCAUGUUGGAAAGCUAAGUUGGUAAAACGCCUGUGCCUUAAGUGUGUUUGUGUGUAUGUGUAUACAUGUGUGUGAGUGUGUGCGCUGGUGUGGUAAGCAAAUCUCACACAGUGGAAUAAUUUUGGGCUCUCUAAGCAAACAGUCGAUUUUUACGAUACAUUGUGUAUGUAUGUGUCGUAUAUUGAUUGUAGCACACAUUGAAACAUCAACACACUUUCAAUAUUGGUAACUAAAGUCGAAGAUGGCUUUAUAUGAGCUAAACUGCCUUUUAAGCAGUCAAGAAUAAUUUUAUAGAAGGAAUCUUAAAUGAGCAGCGAGAAAAAUACCAGUUGUUGGCCUUUAGGCAGAGAGAGAGUGCGAGAGAGCAUCAAAAAGAAGGAAAAGAAGAACGUCUAGAAGAAGACAACGCACAGCAAUCGUAACAAAGGAGAAAGCGAAACGUAUUACGAUCGCUCUUACCUGCUCUAGCUUGUUGUUUUCACACUCUUUGCUUGCUUUGCUCUCUUUCUUUUCCACUCUCUUUGAACAAUAAAAAGCUAGAACGGCGAAACCGAAUCAGAACGAGAAAGAGCGAGAAAACGCUGUCGGUGAGGAUCUCUCACUGUUUGUGUGUGUGUAUGGCCUCUCGCUCUCUUGCUUCCUCACUAUCGGUACUGAGGAGGCAAAAACGGCUACGGCACACCAGUGUGUGGCACAAGGAACGGGGCACUUAUCGUUCGCUACGGCACGCCACAGUGUGUGUGCGUACGCCCGGCAAGCAGAAGCUGCGUUUAGAGGGCUCACAGUACGCGGCUAGUUAUUAAGGUGGCUAGUAGAGCAGCUAAAUCGAGAAAAAAAAAAACGCUAAAAGGGAAACAGUUCGAGACGAGAAAAUCAGGCAAAAAGAAAGAAACAAAAAAAAACAAAUCAAAAAGUAGAAUGACGAGACCGCUGGCGAAACGAAAAGACUGAUUCGAUGCGUCGUUAUAAACGCACUACUGUGUUGUUCUGCCGUUUGUGUUGUUGGUGUUUCUCCCCCCCUGUUUUGUUGUAUUGUGCGUGAGGAAUUUCUUCGCAAAGAAAGGCAAAGGAAACGACAGUAGUUACGCAAAUGUUGCUCAGAACAUCGUCGUAGGCAGCCAAACCGAGCCUCCGGACGCGUGUGUGCCUCCCGUGUACCGAUUGCCCCCCGACACGCUCGAACGAGCCUCCGCGGUGCCGGUUGCCAGCAGCCAAAUCUGCCUGCGGAAAUAACCAACAACCCCCUUCCCUUCCGCUCACUGCCGGUUCGGACGCGCUCGCACACGAACACACAGGGCACUCGCUGCAGCGCCGGUGCCGACAGCAAAACGGUCAGUGGUGGCGGCUGCGGCAGAGCAAACCGACGACGACGGUGGUGCACGCAGCGCGUCGGGCAGGCGGCGGACGGCAGCGGCGAGCAGGCGGCGGACGGCAGCGCAACUGCACCGGCGGCGCACGGCAGUGACGGGCGUUGGCGGGCAGCGUCGUGCCGCUAGGAUUGCCGGUCCGUCCAGCAGCAGGAAGCAGCAGCGGCACCACGCUGGAGCAGAUACGAAGGCGAAACCGUCGUCGUCGUCGUCAUCGUCCUCGCCAUCCCGAGCAGCAGCAGCAGCAGCAGCAGGCCCCGCACCAGCAACAGCAGCAGCAGCACAGUCGGCUGCGGGUGGCUGCGUAACAGCGGCAUCAUCCUGUUGCGCCGUCAUCAACCCGCCACCACUACCACCACCACCGCCACCCACACGACCCGCUGGAGGUGGAGGAGGGGGAGGAGGAGGAGGGGGCGGAGGGGGUGCGACCGAAGCGUCGUCCUGUGACGACGGUACAGGCAUCACCAGCAGCAGCAGCAGCAGCAGCAGCGCGAAAAUGGUGGUAGCGUCGUCCGGGCACGCAUCGGGCAGUGCCGCCGGCGGACAGCAGGCCCAGGCCCGAAGCAGCAGCCAGCACCUGCACAAGCUGGCCCAGGUCGCCAGCCCGGGCACGGGCAUGACGCCGAAGGAGCUGUCCGACAACGACGAUCUCGCCACCGGGCUGGUGCUCGACACCAUACUCGGCUUCCAGACGCACAAGAUGAGCCUCAAGUACCGGCCGCUCAAGGCGAACAAGGACGAGAUCAAGAACAUCAUCGAGGAGUUUAUACGGACGCAAAACUACGGCAAGUGCUACCAGCAGCUGAUGAACGGCAACUGGAUGCCGCGUUCCGUGCUGAACAAGAACAAGCUGGCCCUGAAGCGGCUGGAAGCACACAUCUAUCGCUACCUAAGGGUGUUUGAUCAGCAUUCCGGCUUCGUGAUCGAGGCGUGCUACCGCUACUCGCUCGAGGGCCAGAAAGGUGCCAAAAUCUGCUCCACCCGCCGCUGGAUGAAGAACGAAAAGAUCGAGUGCCUGGUCGGGUGCAUCGCCGAGCUGACGGAGCGCGAGGAGGCCGACCUGCUCUACCCGGGCCGGAACGACUUUUCCGUGAUGUACAGCUGCCGGAAGAACUGCGCCCAGCUGUGGCUGGGCCCGGCCGCCUACAUCAACCACGACUGCCGGGCGAACUGCAAGUUCGUGGCGACCGGGCGCGACACCGCCUGCGUGAAGGUGCUGCGCGACAUCGAGGUGGGCGAGGAGAUCACCUGCUUCUACGGCGAGGACUUUUUCGGCGACAACAACUGCUACUGCGAGUGCGAAACGUGCGAGCGGCGCGGGACGGGCGCGUUCGCGGCGCGCGCCCGCCUGCUGGAGGAGGGCGGCAGCUCCGCCCUGUACAACGGGGCGGGAGUGGGCGGCAGCGCGGGCGACGCUGGGUGCGGCGUGGUUGGGACCGGCGCAGGAAGCGAUGUGAACGGGACGGGCGCCCGUCCCCGCUACGAUCCUUGUCUGGUGGGGGGCGGUGUGAACGGGCCGAGCGGCGGUGUGGUGGUGGGCGUCGUCGGCACCGCCAACGGUGGCGUGCGGUACCGGCUGCGCGAGACGGACAAUCGGCUGAACCGGAUGAAAAACAAGCGCAACAAUGGGGCGGGCGGGGGCGAGGCGGGCCCGAAGGCGGUGACCGCGAUUGGGAAGGAGCCGCCCUCCGCCCUCAGCCUGCUGACGGUGCGCGAGCUGCGCGACAAGGGCAUGACCAAGUACGAUGCGGAGAUGCUGCUCGCGCAGCAAAAACCGUACUGCACGAAUGCGACCACGCUGGCACCGGCGCUGCCACCGGUUGCUGGUGGUGGUGGUGGUGGUGGUGCGGUUGGUCGUGUGCCAGCGGGGACCGCUGCACCCGCUCAGCACAGUGCCGACACGGCGGGCGAGGACGAGGCGCCUGGCAGCAAGAAGGUGACGGAGAAGAGCGAAGCACAGAUGAAGCGAGCGACCCGGUCGUCGACCUGCGGCAGCACGAAGCCACUGAUAGUGCCAGGCGGCUCCGCCGCCGCCGCCAGCAAGCCCGAGGAAGGCGCGAAAGCGCAGGAAAAGAAGCGAGACAGCAGCGCGCACGAGGGGACGAAUGGGAAGGUGGCACCGCCGGGCAAGAGCAAUCCCCGCCGACGGUACAGCAGCUACAGCAGCGCCAGCACGGAGCUGUCGAGCGUGUCGACCGAGCGCAAGCCGCAAUCCACGGACCGUCGACAGCAGCAGCAGCAGCACGAAACCAAACGCAAGCGGAAAAAGGAACCGGCGGAGCACGGGCAGCGGCAGCGGGCUGCCUCCGUAGCGCCGGGGAAGGGCCGGGCCCGCUCGAAGGAUCCGGCCGACGAGAUCAUCGUCAUCGACGACGAGUGCAGCAACGGCAGCAGCAGCGUGCAGUCGGGCACGGACGCGCCCCUGCCCUUCGGGCGCAAGCGGCGCGCCAGCAUGUACACGAGCAGCAGCCGCAGCAUCUACACGUUCCACGACGACGCGCUGGACGGUGCGCCGCCCGCGCACAACGGGUACUACGCGCUGCGCAACAACCCCGCCCAGGCAGCGGCGGCGGCGGCGACGAGCCGCAAACGGCCCCGCGAACAGACACCGGACGAGCAGCAUCCGGGUGUCGCUUCGGCCAAGCGGCCCGGUGGGGGCAGUAGCGCAGCGGACAGCGCGCCACCCCGCAUCAUGACCCGCUGCAUGUCGUUGCGCUCGGGCCAUGCCCCCCCAACGGCGACGGGAAAUGCCGAAUCGUCGGCGAUGGCCGCCGCCGCCGCCGGCAGCAGCGAGAUGGAGGAAAUAAGUCCACGGGUCACGCGCGGUAUGCUGCGCCUGCUGGAGGACCACGAGGCCCCGAAGCCCCCGUCCCGGGGCACCUCCGCCGAACCGCCGCCCGGGACGCUGAACGGCGGCACGUGUGCCGGGAGGCCUGGUAGAAGGCUAUCGACCGUCACUACGACCACGGCGCAGCCGGGCGAUGAACCGCACGCCGAGCGGGCGCAAGAGUGGAACAGGGGCAGCCGGCGCAAGCAGAAGCUGCAGGUGGCGCGCUACGGGCGGAAAAAGGGGCCCCCCCGGGAGGGUGCGGCCGACGACGAGGAAGAGGACGACGACGAGGACGACGACGAGGAGGGGGAGGAGGAGGAGGAGGAGCACCGUGUAGAGGAGAAGGGUGCGCUGCUGAAACGGCUGCAGCAGGAGGAAGUGGGGCCGCCGGUCGCCCGUUCCAUCACCACCACCGCCACUGCCAGCAAUCGUACCCGCAAGCAGCUCUCGCCGACAAAGCGGACGCGCGGUGCCCGGGAGGUCACGCUCAACGGAAGGCAGGUGGGCGGGCAGGCCAGCGAAAGGAGAAGGUACGAUUUCGGCGAGCAAGACCAGCACGGUGAUGACGGGGAAGAGGACGAGGAGGACGACGAGGAGGAGGACGACGACGAGGAGGACGAGGAGGACGACGUAAUAUGGCAACAUCCGGCAAAAAAUGGCAACAGAAGCGGCAGCAGCAACAGCAACCUGCCCACCAGCAGCAGCUCGGCCAGCACCUUUCUGCCGCGGGACGGAGCCGGCCCCGACGGCGGCAGCCCCGGCGUAAUCGUCCUGUCCAGCUCGUCCGCGUCAUCCUCCUCCAGCUCGUCCGCGUCGUCCGUGUCGUCCGUGUCGUCGGUGUCGUCCGCUCGCCACAAGGCGACGAACGCCGCCGCGACGAAUCAGCAUCGGCUGAAGCUGAAGCUGCGCAUGAAACCCGUCUCGACCACCACCGGCGGAGAGGAGGAGGACGAGGAGGCGGAGGACGAGGAGGAGCACCGGGACCGGUUGCGGCAGCAGUGGCGCACGGGCGGCGUGUCCUUGGCGCAGUCCAAAUUUACGUCCCACAGUCGCCCGGACGCAGCUGGGGCGCGCAAGGGCAGCCGGCGGGACGACGGGCAGUCCACCUCGGUCGGCAGCACGACGCACGGUCGGGGGGACGAAGCGGAGCACGGCAGAACGCCCGUGACGACCGUUUCGGACGAGGACGACGAGGACGACAUCAUACUGGCGAAGAUACUGCAGUGUGGCAAGCAACAGCAGCAGCAGCAACAGCAGCAGCAACAGCAGCAGCAGCAGCAGCAGCAGCAGCAGCAGCAGCGAAGCGGCACGUUUCGGCACCGGGAGCAGGCGGCGACACAGCAGCACGCGUCCAGCAGCAUCAGCAGCAUGGCGAUCAGUUCCUCCACCUCGUCGGCCAAGGACGGUGAGGCGACGAGCAGCAGCAGCAGCAGCAGCAGCAGCAGCAGCAGUGCCAAGCGGUCGCCGUCGUCCACCGCGUCCUCCUCCACGCUGCCGGCGGGCGAACCGCUGAUGAGGACGCCGGAGCGCCGGCUGAAGCUGACGCUGCGCAUGAAGCGCAGCCCGGUGAUAGACGAAAUCAUCGAGUCGGGCAACAGCAUGAGCGAUGCGGACAACGGGGGCAGCCCGGGUGCGUUUCGGCGCGAGUACGAGAUACUGCGCAUGGAGGGUUUGCGCGAGCACGACGACGAGGAGGAGGAGGCGGAGGGAGCGCCGGACCGUCCGUACGGGAGGUGUCGCGGCGGCGGUUUGCCGGCCCGCCGCUCCCUCACGUACGACUCGUCGGCAAGCAGCAGCACCACGCACGGCGGCAAAGCGAAGGGCCGGCGGCGGGACGGCUCGCCGGCCGGCACCGAACCGCCGCCCCCGUUCCUUGCCCUCCCGAAGGACGACAAUGGCGGGCAGGGGGAGGAAGAGGAUGAGGAGGUGGGCGAGGAGGACGACGAAGACCUGACGUCGUACAGCAGCAGCUGCAGCAGCUUGGUGUCGCAGAAGCGGAAAAAGCGCCACAAAGCGUCCAAGGAAGCGCGCCGGCUGCGCAAGGAGGCGAAGCGGCAGCGCCGCCAGCAGCAGCUGCUGUACGAAACGGUGUGCGCGGCGGAGCAGCGGCAUGGCGCGAACGAACAGCUGAAAUCAAAGUAUUACGCCACCUACGCGGCACCAGCAGCACCGGCAGCGCUGCAUGACGAAAAGGUCGGUGGACAGGGGGAGAGCAGUGUGGUAGUUGCUGCAGGAGCAGCAGUAGCAGCACCACCACCACCACCACCACCACCCCCUGCCAGCUCUUCCACGGUGGCGCACGAGCUACCACCGGCUGCCUCAUACCAGCGCGCACAUCCUCCUCCGCCUCCACCACCACCACCACCUCCUGCGCUCCCAGCGCAUCAAAACAGCUACUCGCAUCCGCAUCACCACCAUCACCACCAGCACCACCAUCCCCAUCAUCAUCAAACUCAUCAGUCUGUGAUACUGCAGCCGACCGCACUGAGCGGGAUGCGCACGGAAGCGACCGGUGGCGGCGGCGGCGGCCGGGACGACUGGUACGAGAUGGGUCGCCCGAACAUCCGGUGGCCGCACCUGAUGAAUCCCUCAGCGACCGGUGGCGGUGCAAUGUACGGCGACACGGUGAGCAGUGCCGCCGCCACGGCCCCGCCCAGCGAGGGCAUCGGGAACGGCGGUAUCGGGCUGCCGAUGAAGCGGCUCCGGCUAAUCUUCGGCAACGAGACGCACACGCGCGACAUUCCUGCGGUCGAGGCGGCGCCGAGCGGCAACACCGGCCCCAGUACCGCCACCAUCGCCACCCCCAGCCCGACUGCUACCGACGAGGGGACGGUGGUGGUGCUGUCCGAGGCGCUUGCCGCCGCCAGCUCCUCGUCGACGCUCGCUGCCUCGCCGGUUCGCUCCCCCGGGCGGAGCGUGCUGCGGAACGGUGGCGAGCACACAUCGACCACCCACGGCAAGCUCCACCCGUGCCCCGUGUCGUCCAACGUGAUCGUGAGCAACACGCCGGGCGUGAUCGUGAGCCCAACGCGACCGCCGCCGCACCAGACAUCCCCGACGGUGCUACGAAGUAAUGGGAGCGAUGGCGUCAUCAACAGCACGACCGGUUGCGAUGUCGGUGGCGCUGGCGGACACCUUGGGCUGCUGCAGCGUCCCCAGCAGCCCGCGCACCAUCCACCCUCGGCUGGUGCGGGCGGAGGGGGCGGUGGCGGUGGCGGUGGUAGCAAUGGGUUGUUGCUGCACGCGCAAUACCACCUUCAGCCACCACCGUCAUCGACCAUGCCCACCGAGGUACCGUGCGGCGGUGGGGCCGUCUACCCGCCCGUCUCGGGCGGAGACCUUCAGCUCGGCAGCAGUGCCGGCGGGCUGCAAACUACCAGAUUCCUUCUUCUCUCGUUCCCGCCGACGCUCGAUGUGCAACCGUGCUCGGGCAAUGGCACCAGCUGGUAGGUGGUUGGGGGUGGGAGAAACAUGCAGAUGAAGGAUGAUGCUGUUUACCAUCGCGUGAUUAGUAUCGUUAGCAUUACACAAUCAUUAACGCGCGUCCGGCGGGAACUGCGCGACGCAGCACAAGUGUAGAGGUACCGCGAUCCCACGGCUCCGAAGCUCCACUGUAGACGCUGGUCCACGACCUCGGCCACGACCAAAUCGAGAAUCGCCUUCCGGGCGGGAAGAAGAGGGAGACCGUUUACGUUCGCACCCCUUCUGCCUCUUUCCUUCGAAUGCCAGCUCCAGCUAGGUUCUUGUGUGUCGUCAAGUUAGACGGGAUUUAGUUGGAAGUUAGAACGAAACAGCUCGUCACAUCGUUCAGCUACGCGCGCAAUCUAUUUCAUCAGUAUGUUUUAUUUUAAAUUGUUUUAGCAGCGAGUUACACGCGUCUCACCGAUGGCGCGAUGUCGGUCGGUCGGCAGAGUAGGGAAUAGGCGGUAGGCAAAGAAAUUAAAAACCACCCUCCUCACUUCAUAGCAAGGAGGAAGAGGCAGGUAAAAGGGCGAAAGUGCACAGUGAGCGACUGUUCCAGCGCACGCGAGGAAGAAGCAUUACUGCAGACUAUAUCUAGGUUACUAUUGGUCUAGUCGACGAUCUCAAAAGAAGAAGAAAAAAAGAAAGAAAAAGAAAACGAAACGUAAGAAACAAACACACACACGCACGCACGCACCCAAACACGCGGUUAGGUGUGUUUGUUUGCGUAUUACAAAGCCUGAGGGAUAGAUAGGAGUACAUUUACACUUCAUUUUCGGUGUCUCAAACCAACAAGAGAAAAAGAAAAAACAGAAAAGAUAAACAAAACAAGAAGAAAACAACGACAACAACCCCCGUUAGUCCAAUGCGUCGCGCAACUGGAUCGCAUCAAACUGUGGGGCAGGAAAGAUGUAUUAGUUGCUAAGGUAGGGCGUACAAUCGCCUUUUUGUUGACCUGGGUACAUCCUAUGUUGUGAUGUUUCUCGCCAGGAUUUUUUUUCUAGAGCAGAUUUUUUUGGUUAUUUAAUUUGUUCGUUUAGCUGAUGAUUUGGUACUGUACGGAAUCUGCAUGAUCUUUUCUUUAACCAGUUUAACUAAAGAAAGUUAAACGCAUGUAAAAUGUGUUUUCUUUUCACAAAAAACACAAAAAAUCUUGGCUUAUCUGGCUGUAUCAACACAAGCAACACGCGUGCGGUUAGAGUUGAAUGAUUAGAAAAUGAAUUAGAAUUGUAUUCGAAGAACAGAAAAGCAGAAAAGCAACAGCAAGGAUUCAAUUUGUUUAUUUUUGAGUAAAACUACCUCAAACAAUCCUUUCCUUCGAUGGUUCGGCCACGUUUGAGGAUGCAAGAAUUCCAGUGGCGUGUCGCAGCUCAAGAAGCGUUAGCCAACCGUUUAGAUGAAUUAUUCAGCCUGCCAAUGUUUAUUUUUUUUUUCUUUCAUAUGUUAUGUUGUGCAACAUUUAGAAUUUUUUUUUUGUAUAGUUAAAGCGGAUCGUUUGCAACACGCAGGGCUAAAUCGGAACAUUGUAACUUCCCUUUCCGGAGAUUCGAAAAACGCAGCAAGCGAUCCAGAAGCGUUGCAUUGACUGUAUGUGCGUGUGUGUGUGUGUGGGUGUAUGUGAGUGUGCGGGUGGCACACACCGUACACACAGGUUCAAUAGUGUCAGUAAGCAGCUCGAUACUUACACUACUGUGCAUUUAGAUGUUGAACACACGUAAUGAGCUGAACCGCGGUUGGUCAGCUGCGCUACUAAUCAUUCUGAAGUGAAUAUGAAAACAAGAAGAAAAAGAAAUCUGAAAACAAACCAACAAACAAACAUGUGUACACGCUAUACCAAACGGUCAACGCGUAUAGCCUCUCGUUCAGCUCCGCUACAUUAGCCAGAGCGCCGAUUGUUCUUAUGAUUUAUUUUUUAACGUAAGCUUAAACUCCAUAUUUCCAUAUACGCCCGAGAAAAUGUUGUCACGAGAAAGCCGAAGAGAGAUAGAAAUAGAGAGAGGGAGAGAGAGGCGGAGAGAGAGAGAGAGGGAAAGAAAGAGAUAUAGAAGGAAAUAAAGAGACAGAGAGAGAGAGAGAGAGAGAGAGAGAGAGAGAGAGAGAGAGAGAGAGAGAGAGAGAGAGAGAGAGAGAGAUCGUUUGUUUCGAAAUGUUUUUUUUGUUUUGUUUUUAAUAUAACAGAGUCUUUAGCUAACGAUGGCCGCGCGAGGAGCCACAAGCGCUAGACGAUGAACCCGCCUCUCGGUAUAGAGAAAUGUGUAGUAGCAUGCGGCGAGGUUCGCCUGUUUUGUGAAGUAAAGUAAGUGUGAUGUAAACUCAAGCAAACGGAAAAUUUUCUAAUGUAUGCGUUCGUUCGUUUCACGUAACUGUAUGUCACAUACACUCUCUGGUGCGCUCCAACGUAUCGCGCCGGCCCUUCAUCCGCAUCCUGCAUCCGGGGUGUUUUUUUUUUGGUGGGGAAAUUGUCUAGCGGUUGUUUAGCGCAGCGAACGAGGAAAAAAACUGAAGCAACAGCCGGAAAGAUUAAAUCCCCCGAAAGAAAAAAAACAAAAGAUGAGAUGAUUUACACUACUAAGAGGGACAGAUUGCUAACCCCUGCCAAACUGGGGCAAGAGUUGGGCGAUGUAAUACGGCAUAAUAAUUGUACGAUACUGAAGUGUAAUUUAGAUGUAAUAAGCUCGUAGACUGACUGGAGUCGGAUGAAUAAAACGGUCUCAUCACGUACUGCCAUUUCAUACUGCUGUUUCUCGCGCUCUCUUUAUCUCUCUCUCUUUCCCUCUCUCUCUUUCUUUUAUAUCUACAUAUGAUUGCCUUUCCUUUCAUAGUUUCUUCCUCUUCUCCUCCUUGAGAUUCGUUCACUCUACUCCAAGUCAGGGAGAUAUAUAUAUAUAUAUAUAUAUAUCUUAAGAUGCGCUCUAGUGUGUAAUGUCCGCAUCCGUGCGGAAGGUAGCAAGAUAACUUCGAACAAUUUCGAACAAAACAACCCAUGCCAUGGCAGAUCGAUGUUAAGUUUUAGGGGAGUAGUAAGGGAUUUGCGUGGGAGGAAGAGGUGGGGGAGCGGGAGCAGGGUGCUGAAUCGUACGGUUUGGCACGUUGACAGGGUAGUAGGAACUAGUUCAACUGCGGCGUUGAGCCGUCAAAGGAAGUUAGAGCGAUUGCGCCGGCGCCGAUUUAACGGGAGCAGUACUUCUAGGGACGGAUGUAUUAACUAGUUAGGCAGCGAACGGCAGAGCGAGGUGUAUUAAUGAGGCAUUGAACUGAUACGCUUGAAUGGUGCAGGGGUGUCGAAAAUCACCAAUAAUAUAGCUACGGUUGGAGCAAUUUCCUUUCUGCGCGAUUGAGACGACGAUCCGCGAUUGUUUGCGGAAUCCUUUCGGGGUCUUCUUUUAGUAUUACUGUGCGCGCCCUUCUUCCUGUCCCGAAAAGCUUGCGGAGGAGGAGGAGGAGGAGGAGGAAAAGGCGCAAAAGAUGGCUAGAAACGUAUUCCAAAAAUAUUUCCCUGAAGUAUUUCCCUGUAAGCUCGGCUAGCUAUUAUUCCAGCAGCAGGCUAGACGCGGCACGCCAUUGCUCCGCGUUUGUACGCGUCCUUGCUGAUAGACAGCCUAUCGGGAGCGUUCCCUUUUCCCUGCUCGUGGCGGCAUUAACACUCCGUGUAUAUUCUUCGACUGACACCUGACGAACAGGUAGAGCUUGCUUGGAGGACAUGAGCAGAUCAUUAGAUUGCGCGUGAUGGAUAGGGCCGACCGAAUGGUGCCCCGUAUGGCGUAGCCGGCAUGCGGGGAGAGUGCGUUGCAAACCCGGAUGUAUGAAACAGCAGCAGCAGCGCAAACUAGCAGCGAGCGAAAGAUGAUUGUGAUAGUCAAAUCGGUGUGCAUGUAGCUUACACAGAGAAGCAUGAAGUGUUGUGAAUACUGCGACUAAAAUUGAAUGUAACGAUUAUAAACCCUAGUUUAGUAUCUAACUUGAAAUACAGCCAAGAAAAGUGUUGAAGCAACAGGAGCAGGGGGAAAAGAUAUUAGCGUUUGAGCGAGAAGUAAAGUGGAACAUAGUGUGCAGCCAGGUAUAGUAAUCAUAGUAAUCGUAAAAAUAAAAACAAAAAAAAAAGAUAAUGCUAAUAAAAACCACAUAAAUAGAAAGCAA